UUGGAUAUUUAAGCGUUAACAUCGGAGGUUAGCCAAGGGACACAUACAUCGGUCUCAUACCGUGAUGUGUCCUGAUGUGCUGUGUUAGUUGUGUCGAUAUGUUUUGGUGCCAUAUAAAUAAUGUGACGAAGUUGUCAUAAAAUUGAACAACUAUUUAGGCAGAGGGACGCGCGAUCUGGAGGACAUUGGCGAUCCUGUGGAUGGACUAUUUGCUAUAGUCUUGAUCUGUACUGGGACUUUACAAGGAAGGCAAUACUGAUCAACACCUGUGUUUGUAGAUCGCAUUGAUUCGGCACUAAUAGUCAAUCUGUCAGAGAUGCAGACCUUUGUAAAAGGAAAGAGAGUUGGAUACUGGCUCAGUGAGAAGAAAAUUAAAAAACUCAAUUUCCAGACUUUCGUGGACAUGUGCAGGAAACAAGGGAUAGAGAUGAUCCAGCUGGAUCUGACCCAGCCAAUAGAAAAGCAGGGUCCAUUUGAUGUCAUCAUCCAUAAGCUGACUGACCACAUUGUUGAUGCUGACCAGAAUGUCACAGAGUCCAGAUUACUCAUACAAGGUGUUCAGGACUACAUAGACACUCACCCUGAAACUGUAAUUCUGGAUCCUCUUCCGGCCAUACGUACCCUGCUGGACAGAUGCAAGUCAUACAAGCUAAUCCAUAAAAUUGAAGACUCCAUGCAAGAUGACAGGAUCUGCUCUCCUCCCUUCAUUGUGCUCAAGAGUGAAUGCAGAGCAGAGACCCUGGAGCAGCUUCCCAAAGAUGGAAUAACAUUUCCUUUCAUUUGCAAAACUCAAGUAGCUCAUGGCAUCAACUCCCAUGAGAUGGCCAUCAUCUUUAGUGAAGAAGAUCUGAAAGACAUCAAGCCCCCAUGUGUAAUCCAGAGCUUCAUUAACCAUAAUGCAGUGCUGUAUAAGGUGUUCGUAGUGGGAGAGGCUUACAGCGUGGUACAGCGGCCUUCAAUUAGAAACUUUCCUUCUGGACCCACAGACAGGAGAUCUAUAUCCUUCAACAGUCACCAUGUGUCCAAACCAGAGUCAUCUUCUCAUCUGACCUAUAGGGACAACAUGGAGGGUCAGUACUGGGAACCGAACAAUGACGUCAUUCAAAAAAUCUCCAAAAGGUUACGAGAGGCUCUCGGCAUUUCUCUGUUUGGGAUUGACAUCAUUAUCAACAACCAGACGGGCCAGCACGCUGUCAUCGAUAUCAAUGCUUUUCCUGGUUAUGAGGGAGUCCCGGAGUUUUUUGAUGACCUGCUGAAGCACAUCACCAGCGUCCUGCAGAGUCAGGCGUCUAAGGGAGCGUCAUGCGGUCAUCCGAAAGCGAACGGAAUAACGCAGAAUCCAUCCGUGGCCAGUGGGAAGCUGGGAAAUGAAAGCAAUUGCUGGUUGAUGGACAGCGAGGGAAUGAAAAGAGACUCCCAUAAGGGACUGAAUUGCUGCGGGGCUUGCAGGGCUCCAAAGUUUCACCAGCAUGCUAGAUCGAGUUUAUCAGCAGCUGAGACUUCGUCACAGUGACACUGUGGCCCAAACAGAUUAUAUGAUUACCAUACAAACCCUCAUUUAAUGAUGUUGCUUUAUCAAUUUUUUUUAUGUGAAUGUUGACCAUGAUUUAAUGUGUUGUGAUUGUUUUCUCAGAGUUGAUUAAUUUAAAUGAAUGUUUGAAGGGGAAACCUAAUUUAAGAAAUAUACAUUAUAUAGCCAAACGUAUUGGGACGCUCCCUUCUAAUAAACAUGUUUUAUUUAUUCUAGUAAUUCAUAUCAAAACAAAUAUUAAUGCUAUACUAUACAAGUUUUGUAAGGGCCUUUAUCUGUUUUGAAAUGACUGUAACUCUGUGUACAAGUCAUUGAUGGGUUUGGGUGAUGAGUGUUUGGCUCAAAGCCUGCAAGUCAUACCAAAAUUGUUCAGCUGGGUUUAGGUCUGGGCUUUAUGCAGACGAGUCAAGUUCUUCCACACCAGAUUGAAUCAAUCAUUUCAUUUUGAACCUCAUUUUGUGCAUGGUGCAUUGUCAUGUUAGAAUAAGAAAGGAUCAUUCUCAAACUUCUCCCAGACGAGUGUGCCGGAUCUGUGCCAGACCCGCACCAGGGGCCUCAUUUAUAAAAUGCUUCGUAGAAACCAUCCUACAUUUGAUCUAACGAUAAUUUAUCAAAAAUGCAUACGUGUGAUUCAUAAACCGCACAGACUCACAGAAAAUGCGCGUACCCCUUUCUUUCAGAUGUGAAAUUUAUAAAACACAAAUGAUCUUGAACUUGAGCAGUUUCAGAUCCUCACCUUUAAACGAAGCCUAAUAAAUGUCACAGACAUAUAAAAGAGUGCUUGUCAAUGUUUAAACCCAAUUUCGAGCAACAAAAACCUGCAGCAAUCAAACAAGCAAAAGUGCGUACGUCUGCUCAGCUGUUUUUACAAAUCCUGCAAAGACAGUUUUUAUAAAUAUGGACUUAUCCGUGGAUUUUUGUGUACGCACACUUUAUGAUCAAACCUGUGCAUAACACGCUUUAUAAAUGAGGCCCCAGACCUGAUGACUUUGGUGUGGAUCCGGUGCGGAUCAGGCCCACAGUCGUUUGGUUUCUAGGAUAACGUUUGAAGCACACACAUUUCAGGAAUAUCAUUAUAUGCUGUAGCAUUGAGAUUUGUGUUCAGUGAAAUGACUGAAGUAAUCAAACCUGUUCAUUAGAAGGGGGCAUCCCAGUACUUUUGGUUAUAUUGUGUAUGUUUGCAUUUUUUAUAAACGAUUUGCACUGAAUUUUAUUUACAAAAAUUUGAAUUGAAAAUGUUAGUAUGUUGGUACAUUAAUGAAAUACAUAACUUGAAAGAAAAGUGUCAUGCUUUGUUACUGUUAGAUGCUGCACUUUUAAGGACAUUAGUGCCUAAUCAACAUUAAUGCUUCUAAAAAGUAUGACAAACUUGGUGGUCUAGAGAACUAAACUCUUAAAAACUGAAUCUGGAGCUGUGUUUACUUUUCAGAAACAUGUAACACAGAUUGUAGGGUGAUGUUUAAUAGAGUAACCAUUUCAUAUCUGGAGAAACCUGUUGAUUUUUAUGUAGUUGUUUUUCUUGUAAACUCCCUUCUUGCGACAGUUUAUCGUUAUGACAAAUGUGGUAAAGUUGCUGUUUUAACACAGUUUGUGUUAAAGCGAAACCCUUCACAUUCUGUCUCUGCAUGGUGACGUUCAUGUUACACAUACAUUUUUAUAAUCUUUCAUGGAACACAAGCAAAACUGACACAAGAAAAAUUAUUUAUAUGUGCAAUUAAUAUGA